UAAAUAAACUAUUUGGUAAAGUUAUUUUGACCAAAAUAGGUAAUAAAAUAUUGAGUUUUUAUAAAUCUAUCGCUUGUACAGUGACAACACCGGAAAAAUUGAGUUUGCUAGUCGUAGUAUCCCCCUCUCAACAACUAUGGUGAGGGGAAGGAUCGAUUAGUGCUUUGGAUGUUGUGGUGUUGGCAGCAGUGUCGGAAAAUUCUCUGGGUGAACAGGUGUUUCCAAUGUUUUGAUUCUGUCUGAGUGCAUUUGGUGUUGAAUGAAGUUACAUUAAAACAUUGCUACUGUGGAUUUUAUCUUAUUCUAGUCACGUUUUUGUGAACAAUGAGCACUCUGUUACUACUGACUUACCUGUAAUAAUGAAGAUCAAGAAGAGACUUAUCUCCUAAAAUACUCUACAGGAUGCCUCAUCAGUACGGAAUGGCAGUCAGCCUCUUGUCACCGGUUGAACGUUACUAUCGCCCUGAAGACCAGCGACAGCGACUAACGAGAGAUGCGAUGGAAAAGUAUCUGCGGGAGCGAAGUGACAUGGUCAUCGUCAUCCUACACGCCAAAGUAGCACAAAAAUCCUAUGGAAAUGAAAAGAGGUUUUUCUGUCCCCCGCCUUGUAUCUACUUGUAUGGGGAAGGCUGGCGGCUAAGACAAGAGAAGCUGCUACGGACCGGAGAGUCCGACCAAGCCGCUCAACUGUGUGCGUUUAUCGGUAUUGGCAAUUCCGACCAAGACAUGCAGCAGCUAGAUUUAAACAACGGUAAACAGUAUUGUGCCGCUAAAACUCUGUACAUAUCGGACUCAGAUAAGCGAAAACAUUUCAUGCUCUCUGUAAAAAUGUUCUACGGCAACGGCCACGACAUAGGUGUCUUUCACAGUAAGCGCAUCAAAGUGAUUUCAAAACCGUCCAAGAAAAAGCAAUCGUUGAAAAACGCCGAUCUUUGCAUAGCCAGUGGUACUAAAGUCGCUUUGUUUAAUAGACUGCGAUCUCAAACGGUGAGCACACGAUAUUUGCACGUGGAGAACGGAAAUUUCCACGCAAGUUCCACUCAGUGGGGAGCGUUCACUAUUCAUUUGCUGGACGACGACGAGAGUGAAAGUGAAGAGUUUAGUGUUCGCGACGGUUACGUUCACUACGGCAGCACGGUUAAACUAGUGUGUAGUGUAACAGGUAUGGCUCUCCCUAGGUUAAUUAUUCGGAAAGUAGACAAGCAGAUGGCACUGUUAGAAGCUGACGACCCGGUCUCCCAGCUGCACAAGUGCGCCUUCUACAUGAAGGAUACAGAGAGAAUGUACCUGUGUCUGUCACAAGAGAGGAUCAUCCAGUUCCAGGCGACUCCGUGCCCCAAGGAACCCAACAAGGAGAUGAUCAACGAUGGCGCGUGUUGGACUAUUAUCAGUACUGAUAAGGCGGAGUAUCAGUUCUACGAGGGAAUGGGCCCUGUGAGAGACCCUGUGACUCCUGUUCCUGUGGUUCACAGUCUGCACCUGAAUGGAGGCGGAGACGUAGCUAUGCUGGAGCUGUCUGGAGAGAACUUCACACCUAACCUGCAAGUGUGGUUUGGGGAUGUCGAGGCCGAGACUAUGUACAGGUGCCAAGAGAGCAUGCUGUGUGUUGUUCCUGACAUCUCAUCGUUCCGAGGGGAGUGGCUGUGGGUCCGACAGCCAACUCAGGUCCCUGUCUCGCUAGUGAGGAACGACGGCAUCAUCUACGCGACGGGACUGACAUUCACAUAUACCCCUGAGCCAGGUCCACGCUCGCACUGUCCCCCAGCAGACGACAUCAUGCGAGGAGCCACUAACCAUAGUCACGCGGACAGACUGCCUGCCAUCACAGACAUGCCAUGGAACCAGCCACAGGGGAUUUAGUUAGUGGACUCAUUUAAGGUUACAGUGUUUUCUACCUUACCCAUCCUUCUGUUCCAGGUAUAUAGUAUUAUGUGGGUUUUUAAACCUUUCGAAAAUUAAAUUCAUUUUUUAUUCUGGCUCACUCAAAUUCAACAUGAAAUAACUCAUUGUUGACCCAUCCACUAGCUGUUAAGCCAGGUUUUCCUAUAAGCGGGUUUGGAACGCGCAGAGCGGAGGAGUGAUUUUAUAGGUCAUCCGCUUUACUUCUAGGAAAAAAGAACCAUUAAAUUACCUUAGACAAGAGGAGAGCUUACUUCGCACUCUCUUUUUGCGCCUAGCUUUUACCCAGCUUUUACAUGACCUGUCAUACCCAAGGGUCUUAUAAUACCCAACGUGUUAAGUCAAAAUUCCCUUUUUAACAUGGCUUUUUAUCUGAACGGUAAAAAUCACUUAGGUAUAUUAAAACAAAAUGAGCAUAGGGUUCAGUUACAUAAAUCAUUUACAUCUGUUUGGAUUUAGAUCGAAAAGUAAUUUUUGUUUGAAAUUGAAUUUGUUUUCAUUGCUCUUGAGACAACAACGCUAUCAAGGUUCGUAUUUUAAACUGAAUACGAGUGCUAGGCAAGUGUAGAAUGGAGUAAGAUAAUCUGUGCAGUUUUUGUUACUGUCAGCUGUUAUUUCAGCUGAGAACAUUUUAUUGAAAUCCCAAUGAUCAAGAACAGCUGGGUCCACUUUGGAAUUAUCGAUUAGCUACUAACUUUUCUCAGGAUCGAACCUGCAAACUGUUGAUUGUCAGACGAGCAUUAUAACCACUCAGCUAGUUGACUGUAACAAUUAAAAAUUUAAAGUGGGGGAAAAACAUAUUAAAUUAGACGUAUUUGGCUUUUGAUGGUGUUAUUAAAUUUGGUUUCAUCCUAAAAAACUAAACACUGUCCAAGCCAAAAAAAUUUAUAUACACUCUGUUUAUUGCUUUGUAAUUAAAAGUGAUUUAUGGACAAAACUAAAACUUACAUCAUUUACGGAUCACAAAGUGGUGUAGUUUUGUGUUCAGGGUCUCUAGAUCCUUUUGUACAUAAGUUCUCAGGUUGCUUAAAUGAAUAAAUAGUAGGAUGAUGAAAAGAUGAAUACAGUACCGAGAGCCUACUGUAAACAAAAUACAACUAUCGUAAGUAUUGUGAUUUUACGCAUUUUAAUUAUUUAGGAUAAUCAAUUAACAAUUUAGAAGCAAUUUAAUUGUUUCAAAAAACAUUGUAUGAUAGAUAGCUCAUGUUAUACACAGCACAAAUUGGCAAAAUAACGACCUAGUUGUAGGUGUUGAUAGUAUUUCUCUGUACAUAAUAUCUUUACUUAGCAGACUGUAGACUUUAGAGAUGAUAUUGUAAAAGAUAAUUAAAUUUGUAUAUUUUUGUACAUAACGUUUUCAAUGUUUGUGGUGUUCUAUUUAUACUCAUUAUUUAUACCUUGACUUACUUUGUUUAUUGUUUUUAUUCUUUACAAAAAGUAUGCCUAUAUUUUGAAAUUUUUUAAUUGAAAGAAUCUUAUGGUUUUAACCGUGUGUUAUGUUUGUGUAAUUUGUGUUGCAUUUACUAUUUUGUAUGUGAUGUAUGAUUUGACUGUGAAAAGAUAUUGUUUUAAUUAAAUGUAAACUUUGCAUAUGUCACUUUAGUUUCAUAUUUAGAAAAUAAUUUGGGAUAUAUUUAUAUGUGUAUAUUGAUGAUUUAUUUUUGCAGUUAUUGUCAGAAGAUUUGGUAUUAGACUAUUUGAUUUCUCAUUUCCCACAAACAAUUAUGUUGAUCAGCCUAAAUGAAGUAGAAUUAAUAUCAAAAAUAGGUUUGUAAUUUAAAUAGUGUUAUUUAAUUUUUUAAACUUUAAAAGAGAUAAACAGAAAUCUGACACUUGAUGUAUUGUAAAUAUUCUCGUAAGUUUUAUAAAUAUCAAAUAUGGAUGCUUUUAUUUGUAUAUAAAUCAAGUGCUCAUCAGUUUUUAAUAUAGUUUGCUCAUGAAAAAUUAAGUGUAAGACAUUUAUUUUAAUAAUUUUGUCAUUGAAAACAAAUGUUUUUCCCUACUAAAAUGGCGGCGUACAUGACCUUUCUAUUGUAGGCCUAUAUCUUAUACAAAUCACCAAAGUUCUAGAUAGUUUUUAUUCUUUUGUAAUAAACUAUGUAGUCACAAAGAAUUUACGAACACAUUUCAAAGUCAUAUUUUCUAUUGCUAAUUAAACUAAUAUUA